CCGGAGAGUGGCGGCGGCGGCGGCGGCGCGCGAAGUGUUUGAGGAAAUGCGGAAGAAGUGGCGGAUGCGUCCUAUGCAGAGGCAGGGCAGCCGCGUGCGUUGCUUUGAACAUGACCCGAUUUGGGCCAACCCAUGCCGAUUUAGGCCCAUGGGAUCUACUGUACAGCUGUAUCUGUUUUUACCCAUUUCCUUCCUUUACCCAGAGGCUAUUUGAGCCCACAAAGCCCCAAACCGUUCGGCUUCCGACGCAUUUGGCUGUGUCUUGUCUCUUGUCUUCUCUGGGAAGAAAGAAUUCCCCACAAAAGACUCUGCUAAAAACCCCUCCGCCUCCACACCAGUGUCAGAAAACACCGCAACACCGUCUUGCAACGGAUCGCCUCGCGGCUUCUUUCCUCGCCGACCACUUCCGCAACCACCCCACCUCGCGCGCGUCGACUGCUAGGUUUCCGCACCAAGCCGGCCACUUCCCCUUCCCCCAUGGCCUCGUACGAGAGAUAUGGAUACGGGAGCGCUGGGUUCUUCGAGGUCGUGCAGGGCCUCCACCCGCGCGGAAUCCCCAAGUCGGAGGCGAGGGGUGGAGCUGGUGUCGCCGUGAAGAAGGUGAAGAAGUAUCUCGCCAAGAUGGACAGGGCGGUGGAUUACGACUUCUACGACGACGACGACCUCCGCUACGUCCGCUUCAAGUCGCCCUUCGACCGCCGCCCCCUCAUCGGCCGCCGUCCGCACCCCGGGAAGAACGCGGGAAAGCGCACCCUCCGCCUCGUCGGCAGCAGCAGCCCGGACUACAUGCGACAAUGUGAAGAGGCUGUAUUUGGCGAUUUCAAUGACUGGGAGGACGACGUGUACGAGGGCCAUAAGCACACCAACCGAAUCAGCAAGUGAAGAGUAAUACAGUUCGUGGUAAUCUUGUGGCUCUGGGCGUUGGAUUAGUGUAGUUGCACGUCUGCAUAGUGCAUGGCACUACCUUUUACAAUUCUGAAAUCUCUGCAAAGCAAGGAAGGCAUUGGCCUGUAAUAAUUUUUUCUCACUCCAAUUCUGCACUGCAAAUGCUUUCGUGAUGUCAGAUUUUUCUCUAACGCUUCCAGUGAAAAAAGAGACCUUUUGGAGACUUUCUCAA